AUGACCGAAGCUUUGCUCUUGAGAACCUUUCCCCUCGCAACUUUCAUGAUUAAAGUUCGCUACUACGGCGUCGGUUCAGUAGCCUUCAAAAACAUACGCAACUCUAUCCUCGACACUCUAAUUGCCUCUACACUGGAUGGCCGAGAAAGCGUUUAUCAGAAAAAGACACCUGUAGUGCACGAAUGCUUCCUCUCAUGGUGCGUCAGGACCAUCAAAUCAUUAUACGAUCUAAGUGAAUACCAUAAAAACCCCUUAUCAUUCUUCUACAACAGCACCAAUGGGCCAAAUACAUGGAUAUCCCGGGGAAUUCCAGAACACCAAGGCGGCGGAACCUGGAUCGAAUACAAAAAAAACAUCACCAUCACAACCCUAGUAAUCGAUCCAACCCACACCAACUACUCGAUCGAAUACGGCAGCAGUAAUGUCACAGCACAAAACUUCAUGACCAUUUUCGGAGAAUUCUUUCCAUCCCCUUACAGCAUCGACAACAUCUCCACAAUCCCUAUACUCCAAUACAAAAGACUUCUACUUCGCCAUCGGCCCCUCACAACGCGACCUCCGACAUAGCCCGUGGCUCGCACCGAACAACAUUACACAGCACGUCGAGCGUCUCACGACUGCAAUGGCAGACCGCGUCCGAUCAAGCAACAGCCAUCAGAUGCUACUAGGUCGAGCCUCAUAUACGAAAAAAUAAGUCCUUGUGCAAUGGGAAUGGCUCAUUUUUCCUCCUCUCUUGCUCGUCCUCACGCUCGUCUUCUUGGUCCCGACUAUGAUGACAACCGCGAGGGAUACACAAACGGGAUAUGAAAUACAUCAGCUAUGCCGACGCUGAUGUACAGUUUGCCGAAGGAGGCUCAGAGGGGACUGAGUCCGCCCUCUGCGUGGGGUGGGAUGGACGAGAGGUGUAGAAAGGUGAGAAUUAGGUUGAUGCCGGGGAGGGGGUGGAGAAUGUCUGGUGC